AUGGCGUCCAAUUCCACCUCCGCAAUUCCCAUUGUCGACUUUACCCCCUUCUUAUAUCCUGCAUCUCCAACAUCUCGUCUCGAAACUGCAAAAGCCCUCGUCAAUGCUUGUCGUCAUUUCGGUUUUGUAUACAUCAUAAACCAUGAUAUCCCCUCCUCAUUACUCGAAGAAGCUUUCGCAAUGACGAAACAGCUUUUCGCUCUUUCACACGAGGCAAAAAUGCAAGCGCCGCAUCCACCCGGUCCAAGUGUCCAUAGAGGAUACUCGUAUCCGGGCUUGGAGAAAGUAUAUCAGGUUAUUAGUGAUAGUACUGAGUUGGGGGAGAAAAUGAGGGGAGUGAAGGAUUGUAAACUGCAACUACAAAAGACGCUCACCCAAAUCGGCUUUGGUCAAGGUGAACUAACAGCAUCCUCACAGGAAAGUUAUGAAAUCGGCUCCGAGAAAAAUCCCUCCCAGCCAAACAUCUGGCUUCCCGAAUCCACACUCCCAAAUUUCCACUGCUUCAUGCAAUCCUUCUACCACCGUCUCUCUACUACAGCUCAAACAAUUCUCCUAGCCCUAGGUACAGGACUAGAGCUUCAAACUCCCUCCUUACUCGCGGAUUUCCAUUCCGGGCAUACUAACCAACUACGACUCCUUCACUAUCCUCCCAUUCCCGCCUCUGAAAUCGAAACCGGACUUGCGGUAAGACUACCAGCCCACACCGAUUUUGGAAGUAUCACCAUGGUAUUUCAAGACGAGUGCGGAGGAUUGGAAAUCGAGCACCCGAAGAAACCUGGUGAAUUCAUCAGGGCAGAUCCGGUUCCGAAUGCUAUUGUAAUGAAUAUAGGUGAUCUACUGAUGAGAUGGACUAAUGAUGAUCUCAAAUCCUCACUCCAUCGCGUUCAACUCCCCCCUCAACAUCUCGCUACACAAUCACCGAGGAAGGAGUAA